AUGAACCUAUACAAACUUAGUAGAACCAUCUCACACUGUUCAUUUUACUAUGGCCUCUCAAAAUCAUAUUCGCAAGUGGCAACGAAAUCGAGGGCAGGCGAAGAUUUAGUACCUCCUUCUUUUGAUGAUAAUAAAGAAUAUCCAAAACACAUACAUGAGAUUGUAGAUCGCAUCAGUUCCUUAACAUUAUUGGAAGUAGCAGAUCUAUCAGAAUUGUUGCAGAAAAGGUUGAACAUUAAGAAUCCCGGCUCUAUGAUGCCUAUGAUGGUUCAAGCGCCAACAAACCAACCAUCUGAAGAGCAUGAAGAACAGCAAACACCGACCAAAAUGUCAUUCUCAGUAAAGCUUGUGAAAUUUGAUCCUGCAAAGAAAAUCCAGCUUAUCAAAGAGAUCAAACAAGUUAUUCCGGAGAUGAAUCUCGUUCAAGCCAAAAAGUUUGUAGAAGGUGCACCUGCCAAUAUAAAGACUGACGUGAGCAAGGACGAGGCUGAACAAAUAAAGAAAGCAUUAGAAGAGGCUGGAGCAUCUAUUGCCGUUGAAUGA